AUGGUGCGUGGUAGAUCGGGUGCAGGGAGAGGAGGGAGAGUACAUGGCGGAGGCGGUAGGGGGGCAGGACGAGGCGGUGAGGGUGUCAAUGGAGAUGACAUCGAGCUCCACGCCCUCCCCAGAUCGGAGCAACGCCGUUAUCAAGCCAUUGUAACAGCUGCAGACGCUGCAAAGGUGUUGCAAGCGUCCGCCAAGGGUGGUGGGCGGGGUAGAGACAUGGCUUCAGGGGGUUCAUCCGCCGCAGGUACAUCUGCAGGGGCCGAGCAAGGGGCGAUAGGGGACGUUGCUGUCCCCAUGGUGGCGGGGUCUGCCAUGGCUGGAAUGGGGGUUGAUGGGGCACGGCAGGCGGAUGAUAACCACAAGGGUGGGGGGGUUGGGGGCGGCGGACCCAUGCCUCGGGAGGAGGUGGAGGCGGGGAAGGCGGAGGGAUUGCGGAAGGCGCGGGGGGGAGGCAGCAGGGGGGGUUAUGAGGAGGAGGAGGAGGAGGAGGAGGAGGAGGAGGAGGAGGAGGAGGAGGAGGAGGAGGAGGAGGAGGAGGAGGAGGAGGAGGAGGAGGAUAAGAAGGUGAUAAACUCAGAGGAAGAGAUGUACAAUGCUGAGGAUGAUGAGGUUGAGGAGGAUAGGGAAGAGGACUUCGCUGGAUUGGAAAAUGAGGAAGAGGGGGCCACAAAAACACUACGAGGUCUACAACAAGCUACAAAGGCGGAUGCGAAGGGGAAACGUGCUAUGGCCGACCAGGAACCUUCUAAGAAGCGUGGUCGCGGAUUGAGGCGGGGUCGCGGUGGGGGAAAGGUUGGAAGAGCGGGUGGGAGAGCGCGUGGAGGAGGGGGACGCGCUGCCAACUUUGAGCUCAAGCAGUACACGCUUGCGUUCAUUGCUUUGCCAUCAAAACACACGGCGAAUAAGAUCGCUGAGCGGAUUGAGGCAGUGUUGGUGGAAUGGGAGCUGGAAGAGAGGACCAUGGUGUAG